AUGUUGUAGAUAUUUGAUAUUAGUGGACCAACCAAACCAAAAAAUGAUAAUGAAAGUCUCUUUCCUUCGCUCUCAUAUAAGGAAAGAUUAAUGGGAUUUGCAUUCUGUUCUGUUUUAGGAUACUUUAUCUAAAUAUUAAGUUUUGGAUCUUUUAUAGGAAUUUUGGGUGGAAGUCCAAAUAAAUUUGCACUUACUUAUAGUUUAGGAAAUAUUUUAGCAUUGUUUGGAACAGCCUUUCUUAUAGGAUUCAAGAAAUAAUUUGAAAAUAUGAUAGACAAAGAAAGAAAGCUAACAUCUAUUAUCUUUGCUUCUUCUUUAGUAAUGAUCUUUCUUUCAGUUUAUUUGUUUAAAUCAAAACUUCUGGUUUUGAUCUUUUUAGUGGCUGAAUUCUGUUCAUAUACAUGGUAUGUGGCCAGUUACAUUCCAUUUGCAAGAGACUGCAUCAAAGGAUGUUUAAGAAACAUAAUAAAAGCAUGA